GUUUGCUGCCUGCGACAAGCAAAAACCAUCAAAGAUUAGGCGGCGGCGGCGGCAGAUCUCUCCUCCGGCGGCAAUGGCGGCGCAGCGCGACGACGAGGCCGGGUGGUCGGCGGAGGCGGCGCGGCGGGUCUGGGGCGGCGCCGUGCCGCUCCAGGUCCACCUCCACGACGCCGACGUCACCACCCUCCCCCCACCUCCGCCCUUCCUGACUUUGGGGCCAAGAAUCGGGUAUCUUCCACUGUUGGUACCAAUUAUAAAGGCUCAUUUUAGCAGCACACUCCCGCCUGGUAUUGACACUGUUUGGUUUGAAUACAAAGGGCUGCCCUUAAAAUGGUAUAUACCCAUUGGAGUUCUUUACGACCUUCUAUGUGCAGAUCCAGAAAGACCAUGGAAUCUAACAGUUCAUUUUAGGGGAUAUCCUUCUGAAAUUUUAACUCUCUGUGAUGGCGAAGAUAGUGUAAAGUGGAGCUACAUGAAUUCCCUGAAAGAGGCUGCCUUCAUCAUCACUGGCAACAGUAAGAAUGUGAUGAAUAUGUCUCAGGCUGAUCAAGGUGCUUUGUGGCAAUCAGUAAUGAAAGGUAACUUAGAUGGGUAUAUGAAUAUCUCCACCAGGCUUAAGCUUGGACCAUUCGAAGAGGAUUGCUUAGUACGAACUUCCUCAGUAGAGGGUCAACAAGGUUCUGAUGAGCCUGAAUCUCCUGGAUCUGGCAAACCAUGCAGGGUUCCUGUUCGAUUAUAUGUGCGCAGUGUUCAAGAAGACCUUUAUGAUUUAGAAGAUGCACUACCUGUUGGUGAUUGGGAAAGCAUAUCCUAUAUUAACCGACCAUUCGAAGUACGGAGGGAGGAAGGUAGAAGCUACAUCACCCUGGAACAUGCGUUGAAAACUUUGCUACCUGAGUUCUUCAGCUCGAAGGCAUCACGUAUACCCGACGAUUCCGAAACUGCUCCUCAGGCACCAGAUUCAGCCCCUAAUGAUGAUUCUGAUGUCACCCCAAGAAGUUGUGAGAAGUUAGAGUCGUCUGCUUCGUCGAGCCCGCAAGAGGCGAAUGUGGCCAACAAGGGUAAAAUAGUGAAGCUAGUAAGGGUGCAAGGCAUUGAGGUCGACAUGGACAUACCUUUCCUUUGGGUUGCCAACAACCUGAAGAACCCUGAAUGUUACCUCCAUAUUUGUGUGUAUGUCGGUACAAGAAAACGAGAGCCUAAGGAUGGUAGAUGAAAUGUUAGAAACACAAUAGGGAGAGCGCAUUCCAGGAAAAAUCUGGUCUUGGUUCUCAUCUUGGAUGACUCCUAGACAUUAAUAUUAAUUCUUUGUACAGAUGCUGAAAUCUUAAUACGUUUUGACGUGCUGAUCAAUUGGUGUAAGAUAUUGGAUUGGAAUUAGAUGAUGAAUGAAUGAAUGAAUGAAUGCUCAAUGUUUUGAAAUGAAGAAAA